AUGGCAGGACACCGCUACUUACUUGCCAACGUCAACCACUGCACUGGUGCGCAGGACUUGGUCAUGCAAACCAUGUUGCAGAGGUCCAUCGACGUAUUGGUCAUCACGGAGCCAUACUACGUGUCUCCCCAGCCCAACUGGGCUGGUGACCCGCGGAACUCCGUGACGAUCACUGUGGCGACCGGUCCGGGCUCCUUGCCCCUAUCUGUCCGGGAUAGAGAAGUCGGAUUUGUCUCCGCCUAUUGGGGCGACAAUCUGAUCUUCGGGGCUUACUUCUCUCCCAAUGCUCCUUUGGCUGAGUACCAGUUGUUCCUGGAUCGCCUGGGAACCGCUGUCAGGAGAUCGACUCAGUCCAAAGUGAUUGUACUUGGUGACUUCAAUGCCCAUAGUACAGCAUGGGGAUCCCCGGAGACAGAUGACCGCGGUGAGGCGGUAGAGGAGUGGGCGGCAUUGUGCGGUCUUGUGCUGCUCAAUUGUGGCUCAACCGAUACGUGGGUGCGACGGCAGAGCGGGUCCAUAGUGGACUUAACGUUCGCUAGCCCUGCCCUAGCAUCGCGCGUGUCGAACUGGCGGGUUCUGGAUGAUGUGGAGACACUCUCGGACCACCGCUACGUUACGUUCGAGGUCUCCACCUCAUCCGGGGAUAACAUCUCCCGGCGGGAAGACAGACCAUCGGUUUUCCCGAGGUGGUCACUCGUGCGCCUCAACGAGGAGCUGCUGGAGGAGGCUGCGAUUGUCCAGGCAUGGACCAUGCAGCCCGUAGAUCCGGCAGAGGUACACGAGGGAGCCCUCAAAUUCAGAGAGGCCCUGACACGGAUGUGUGACGCGGCUAUGCCUCGAGCCAAGAGGCGGCCCCCAAGGCGAGCGGUAUACUGGUGGACUCAAGAUAUAGCUGAUCUGCGCGAAGCUUGCGUUGCGGCGCGUCGAGAGUUCACCAGAUACCGAAGACUGCAGAGUCGCAGCGAAGAAAGGGAGGACCUGCUGCAUAACAUCUACAGCCAGUCCAAAAAGUCCCUUCAACUGGCCAUCAGCAGGUCCAAAACCCUCUCCAGGCAGGAGAUGCUGGAGGAUCUUAACAGGGAUCCGUGGGGACGUCCGUACCGUGCGGCGAGAUGCAAAUUUCGCCCACAGGCGCCCCCGAUCACGGAAACCCUGCAGCCUCAACUGUUGGAGGAUGUAGUGACGGGUCUGUUCCCGGACAGCUCCGAUCACACCCCACCAACCAUGGCGGAUUCCCUAGAGGAAGAGGCCGAAGAGAUCCCUCCACUGAGGUCGCUGGAGGUUCGCGCUGCCGCGAUGAGGUUACGGGCCAAAAACACCGCGCCCGGACCUGAUGGAGUCCCGGGUCGGGUUCUGGCAUUGUCGUUAGACAAGUUGGGGGCUCACCUAGCCGAGCUUCUCGACGCCUGUUUGGCGACGAGCCAGUUCCCGACGUGUUGGAAGGAGGGUCGGUUAGUCCUUCUCAAGAAGGAUGGGCGCCCUGCGGAGUCACCUUCUGCAUACCGCCCCAUAGUGCUAUUGGAUGAUACGGGAAAGCUCUUCGAGCGUAUCAUUGCCUCCCGUAUCACCCAGCACCUAACCAACACUGGCCCUAACCUGUCGGACAACCAGUUCGGAUUCCGAGUGAGCCGAUCGACGAUCGACGCGAUCACACGCGUCAAGGCUCUCUCGGAAGAAGCGGUCGACUCUGGCGGCGUGUUGUUGGCGGUGUCUCUGGACAUCGCCAACGCUUUUAAUUCGCUGCCAUUUGGGAGUAUUCUGGAGGCGAUCCGAUUCCACCGGCUUCCCCAAUACCUACGGAGGCUGAUUGCAGUCUACCUGCACAACAGAGUGGUAUUGUAUACAGGACAGGAUGGCUCUCUACAUCGACGGGCUGUCGGAUGCGGUGUUCCACAGGGGUCGGUCCUAGGUCCACUUCUGUGGAACAUCGGGUUUGACUGGACCCUGCGGGGUGAUCUUCCCCCAGGCCUUAGCGUUGUCUGCUAUGCAGACGACACCUUGGUCACGGCACGAGGGGAAAAUUAUGAGGAGGCGGCUGCGCUAGCUUCAGCUGGCGUCCAACAAGUGGUGGAACGGAUCGAGUCGUUGGGCCUAAAGGUGGCCCUCAACAAAACUGAGGCUCUGUGCUUUCACGGUCCUCGGAGGGGGCCACCCGCAGGUGCCAGCAUCGUGAUUGGCGGUUGCCGGGUCGAGGUAAAGUCUCAGAUGAAAUAUCUGGGGCUUUACCUUGAUCCGAAGUGGAACUUCCGAGAGCAUUUUCGGAGAUUAGCUCCUAAACUAAUCAGUGCCGCAUCUGCUCUCGGAAGGUUACUGCCGAACUUGGGAGGCCCGAGCGUCACCUGCCGUCGCCUGUACACGGGCGUAGUUCGGUCCAUGGCGCUCUAUGGUGCACCGGUGUGGGUCGGGGCUCUGACUGGCCCGAACAAGACCAUGCUGUUUCGUGCGCAGCGGGUCAUGGCAGUCAGAGUCGCCCGAGGAUACCGCACAAUUUCACACGAGGCGGCCUGUGUCCUCGCGGGCACACCUCCGUGGGACCUAGACGCCGAAGUUCUUGCGGAGGUCUACGAGAGAUGCGCGGUGGCUAAAGCGCAGGGAGAUGGUCCAGAUCCCGAAGACCUGGCCCGUUGGAGGAAGCGCGCUCAACGCAAUCUGCUGCGAAGGUGGAGGCAGCGAUUGGAAGAGCCGUGCGCUGGCUUGCGGACCGUGGCGGCUGUUCGCCCAGUCCUGAAGGAGUGGGUGAACCGACGCCACGGCUCGCUCACCUUUAGGCUGGUGCAGAUCCUGUCGGGGCAUGGCAGCUUCGGCAGGUAUCUGUGCCACAUAGCCGGCAGGGAGCCGUUGGCAGUGUGUCACCACUGCGCUUGCAGUGACGACACCGCUGACCAUACACUGGGGGUCUGUCCAGCAUGGGCGCAACAGCGAGCGGUGCUCGCCUCAGUGGUUGGGAACGACCUCUCGCUGCCAGCCGUGGUCAACGCCAUGGUUGGCAGCAAGAGAGCGUGGGAGGCGAUGGUCUCCUUCUGUGAGGACGUGGUGGCACAGAAGGAGGCUGCCGAACGGACCCGAGAGGACGACCCCCUCUCGGAUCCUAUCCGACGAAGGCGUACUGGGCGGAGAAGGGGGGUAUUUGCUCGCCAACUCUUGCCUACUACGCUAGGGUCGCAGGCGCACGCUGGGUUGUCCUUGCAUUUGAAACGAGUCAAAUACUCGGAGAACCCACCGUGCCCCGUUAGAGCCUGGGUCAACUCCUUGGUGAUACUCAGCUUGCGUACCGUCCUGUACGCCUCAACCGCACUCGGGAAGAACAGCUUGGUGGUGGACGCUGUGUGCCCCGUGCUAUUCCACGGCAAGAGGGUGGAGGGCUUCGGGGUUCACGACUGUGAGGAGGGCUGCCAUAGAGUCGCUAUAUAUGGCACAGCUGGUCUCUCUACGUUUCAGGGCCUCCCGAGUGGCUUCGCAGAGAGCGAGAAGCUCGGCCUGGUGACGCAGCUCUAUCGCUCUCCGUUCUGCCGGGUGCGGCAUCUGGAGUGCCGAUGCAACACGCUCGAUCUCCCCACCCGCCAGCGCUGGAUGGCAUACUCCCCUUCGGGCCUCAUAGAGCGAGGCGGCCUCCUGUAUACGCAAGUCCAAGGGGAGUAUCCCAGCCAGCACCAGUGCCGAGUUCAGGGAUACCGUGCGAUAUGCUCGACACAUCUUCUGGGCGAAGCUUCGCUGAACGCUGUUCAGCUUAGACCUCACUCCCAGUACUCCUCAACAACCUUCGGUCUCCUGAUCGGCGCUGCACAUCGGAUUCUCCUCUUCUUGGUAGCGACUUCCCUUUUCAGGUUGGCUAGUUCUUCGGACCACCACGGCAAGAUCUUCCACCACUCUCCAACCGUCUGUGACCGCCAACAUGUCCGCCGUGCAGGCCGUGAUGUCAACGCUGCUGGUGUAGCGCCUUUCCCCUCUGAUUACGUCGAAGGUUGGAGUUUCCCCUGUGUUGAGUAUCUGCAGUCCAAGCUGGUCGAGAGCUCCCAACACUUCGUCACCUCUAUCAUACUUCGCUGCACAGCAACGGGUCAAUCCUACAGUUCUAGAUAUGCUGUCAGAUGGACGUUUUGCGGCCGUAAAGCGGGCACUAAGUCCGCGGGGCACCCUGCGAUGCAACUGGGAACCACCACCCCGGAAGCGUUGCAGGGCCCUGGCCUAGGCGCUUGCGCCAGCCGUCUCCGGAAGGGGACAGAGGAGAAGGGAGUUGACUCCGGAGAGCCGAUCCUUAGCGGCAAGGAUCGGCUACUCGAAGUCGAGAAGGGGCGCCGACUGAGCGUAGUGUUGACCCGCUGCGACUCGCCAGUCACCGCAAAGCCCGCUAGCCGGGAGGAGGAGUCUAUGGACUCGGACGACGACUCCUCCUGUGCUAGCAUGGUAACAGUGGGGUCAGAGUUGUCGGUCGGAAAACGGUUCCUGAAAAGGAACCGAUCAGACCUUGACAUGGAGGACGACUCGGGAGACUCGGCUGGGUCGCCCCUUGAAAGGGAGGCUCUUAGGUCAAAGAGAGGGAGAGGACGCCCGCCCUCUACCGGGAAGUAUGUGGGCCUGGCCGCAGCCAGGGCCGCAUACAACCGGGAGCUCGCGGAGAGCCUCCGGCUCGUGGCCGAAGCGGAAGUCGUGGAUGUGGCUCGAGGAGUGAGGGAGGCUAGGGCCUCUCUACAGCCCAGCCUCCAACCAGCGACUCAGGAGGAGGAAGAGCAGCAGACGUCCGCUGCCUUAACUAAUGUUGUGAGGACCUCGCUGGAGACCAUUACGAUGGUCGCCACCAGGUCCUCUCAACUUAAGGGGACGUACGUUCGGGCCCUGAAGGACGCCGUAAAAGGCAUCCAGGACGCAAUGUCCCAGAUCAGGGCCCGAACAAUGUCGGAUGAAGUUACGCGGCUGGAAGCCGCGAACUCCCAGUUGAGGAAGGAGGUCGCUGACCUGCGCCGCGACCUCCAGGAGUUGCGGCAGCGACCAGCUCAGCAUCCAGAGCCAGGUCUCCGGCAACUGUUGGAGGAGGUCUCUCGGGCGAAUGUCGAAGCGUUCGGCACCAUGCUGAACGCUAGACUGGCCGGCAUUGAGGACCGCCUCCUGCCGGAACCCCGUCGACGGCCGCCACUUGCAGCAGACGCCAAAGCUGCCAGGGCAAACCCUGCUCCCAAAGAGCCAGCGGGGGCCCCGGUAGCUCCCACAAGAGGCAGUGCCCGCCCCAUGGCAGGACCAGGCGCAAAGCCAAAGCCCGCCACAGAGGCUCCCACGACCAGCCAGGCCUCUUCUGCUCCCCCUUCUUCGGGAAAGAAGGGGAAAAGCAAGAAGAAAAGCCUGGCUGCACAGGAGGCAGCAGAGGCACGGCAUCAGCCUGCCUCCACACCGGAGGAGCUGCCCUGGACGGCAGUCGUCGGCCGAAAGGCCAAAGCCAAGGCCAAGGCGGCUAAAGUGGCGAAGGAGCCGCAAAAGGCCCAGCCCUCGGCGCGCGCGAAAGUGAGGCUCCGCGCGCCGAAAACUGCAGCGGUGACGCUCACCCUGGCGCCAGGGGCAGAGGAGAGGGGUGUGACGUACGCGUCCAUCCUCUCCGACGCCAAGCAGCGUGUCCGUCUUGCGGACCUCAAGAUCGACAGCUUGAGGUUCCGCAGGACUGCAACCGGGGCACGCAUGCUGGAGGUUGGGGGUGAGGCCUCAGCCGAGAAGGCGGACUCCUUAGCUAACAAGCUAAAGGAGGUCCUGAGCCCUGAGGCGGUCCGGAUCGCCAGGCCUGUGAAGCGGGCGGAAAUCCGCAUCACGGGGCUGGACGAUUCGGCUGACGCCUUCGAAGUGGCGGAGGCGAUCGCUAAGGAGGGAGGGUGCCCCUCCGAAGCAAUUAAGUGCGGCAGGAUGGUGGUUGGUCCGCGAGGAGACGGCUCCCUCUGGGUGAGCUGCCCCGUCACCGCUGCCAAAAAGGUGGCCGGCUCCGGCCGGGUCCAAGUCGGAUGGACCUCGGCAAGAGCGAGGCUCCUCAGCCCAAGACCCAUGAGGUGCUUCCGCUGCCUGGAGCCGGGCCACAUGGGAGUCAAGUGCACCUGUGAGUUCGACCGCAGCCGACUGUGCUUCCGCUGCGGACAAUCGAACCACAGGGCACGGGAUUGUGACGCCGAGCCUCACUGCCCAGUAUGUGAGGCUGCGGGCAAGCCGGCGUCACACUCGAUCGGGGGGACUGGCUGUGUUUCUGCGGCAAACAAGCCAAAGAACCAGGCCCCGGAGAAGAAGAGCGCCCCGAAGAAGGGGAAGCGCAAGGCCAAGAAGGCCAAGGCCAAGAGGGCCGGGGUGGAGCGGAUGGAUACCGUUCAAUGA